ACUGCGCUAAAUUUGUAUUUCUUGAAAUGGAUAGUUAUUUUUUAUUUGUUUUUAAAGGCUUGCUGUCAGAGGAGCAGAGGACAUCGGCUUGUGAUCACAUUCAAUCUCUGCUGCCUUCUUUCUAUGAUUAUGAAUUAGGUUUGAGCCUAGCAAGUCCCAUUGCACCUUUGUUGAUGACUGGAUAUUCAUAUGUAUCUGUCCUGAAUCCUUUGGCUGAAGCUGAUUCAAAAUGGAUGAGAGUCAGCAGCCGUGAUGAGUUGCUGUCAACACUCGGGUCACUGCAGGAACCUGAACCUACUGAUACUUCUGAGUUCGAUCUCAUUUCUGCUCAUAUACAUGAGCUGGCUGACCUUCUGCCUACUUUUGGCAAUUACAAGCUAGAUGUCUUCAUCACCUCAGAUAUCUUGGAGGUUGCUUCUAUCGAAGAUAUGCCCACAUUGGCAAGUGCUUUGUAUCGUCUCCAGUGGUGGCAUGGUGCCCGCACAAAAAUUCUUCUUCCAACUGGGAGGGAUCUCUGCAAUAUUGAGAGCUGGCUGGAGAUCAUGGAUGCCACAGUGCUGGACAAAAAUUCUCAGAAUGCAGGUCCUUCUCUUUGGAGAGGAUGUUUGGAGCUACAGGCGUUGGAGGUGAUGCAGAAGAACGUUGCUGGAUGGUGGAAUACAAUCAACUGGUCUGUUUUGCUGGGUGAAGAAAAUUCUCCUAGCCUCAUUUACGGUUUCCACUAA